AUGGUGAGUUUGCGUGCUUGUAUUGUGUACAUUGCUCCUGUUCAGUUGUUCUUCAACUUCUUUCAAACUCUCGCGGAGAAGGGUGCUAGUGUGACGGUUGAGUUGAAGAACGAUCUACAGCUGACGGGUCGUCUCCAAUCCGUUGACCAAUAUCUGAACUUCAAAUUGAGCAACGUUACGGCUAACGACACGGACCGCUACCCGCACCUGCUAUCUGUUGUCAACUGCUUUGUACGAGGCUCCGUAGUGCGCUAUGUCUUUUUGAACUCAUCGGACGUCAAUACCGAGGAGCUACAGGAGAUGUGCCGACGGGAGGCCAUGAAACCUAGCAUGGAUAAGUGA